AUGCCAAUGUUGACUGCUGCAAGUACAAUUGUUAGCUCGCCUCUAUUGCCAGCAGUAGGUCAAUGCCCCGGACGAGUGAAGCUUUCUAGCUGUGGGCCAAAAAGGGUUUGUGGUGAUGGAAGAAUGGUACAUUUUAAGAUCAAACCAGUGGGGCUUGGUGCACAGUUAUCACUUCUUGAGAGAAGAAAACCAGUCAUUGGUUCCCGUCGGUCUGCUUCUGUAAUAUGUGCUUCUGCUUCGAAUGCCAGAUGCGGUGCAGAGCAAACCCAGACUGUCACCCGUGAGGCUCCAACAAUUACACAUCUUCCUGGCAAGGAAAAGUCCCCACUGCUUGAUGAUGGUGGAAGUGGAUUCCCUCCUGGUGAUGACGGUGAUGGUGGUGGCGGUGGAGGUGGUGGUGGUGGCAACUGGUCUGGAGGAUUUGCCUUUUUUGGCUUUCUUCUUUUUCUGAGCUUUUUAAAGGAUAAAGAAAGUGAGGGUGGUUAUCGGGAAAAUAGGAGAAGGUAA